AUGGUGAAAACAAAGGAUGCAGUGGAGCUACUGAAAGGAAACAAGGUGCACAGUGACGUCAUAUCCAAGUACCUGGCGAAGGAGCGGGUGGUGAUGCCCCACAACAAAGAGAAACACCAGCUAGUGAAGUGGACUCUAGAGUUCUGGUCUACGGGGGAAGGUACAGCAUUGGACCAUCAAACCCCAGCAGUUGAGACCAGCCUAAGUCUGAGGCUAGCUGAGAGUGCCCUGUCCUCCCCCCACGACCUGGUGCUGGUAGCAGUAGCAGGGACCAUACACAGAGACACUGUCUGUCUGGGAGUCUAUGAACAGGUGUUUGGCCUUAUCCGCUCCCCACUAGAACAGAACAGCUGGAAGAUCAAGUUUGUCAACCUGAAGAUCAGAGGGCGGGGCGCCCAGGAUGGGGCAGAGGAACUGACCUCGCCUGCAUUGACCUGCAGCUCCACGGAACUACAGCUGCUCUGUAGAUGA